AUGCUUCGCCAAGUCACUCAUUUGUCUCUAUUCUUUUCCUUUGUUCUUCCAUCCCUAUCCGAGGAUUUACCUCAAGAUGCGCGGUUCUCUGCGUUCCAAAGUGCAUCUGAAGAGGCGAAUGCGACCGUCGAUGCCGUACUGGCUUUGGCGGUCCCAGAGGGUUAUGUGGCCGCACCGUGGUAUCCGACUCCCCACGGCGGUUGGACACCAGACUGGGCCGAGAGCUACGCUAAAGCGGCGGACUUGGUCGCUAACAUGACUCUUGCCGAAAAGACGAACAUUACCACUGGCACAGGAUACUUCAUGGACCGCUGUACGGGGAACACUGGCAGUGCUCAUCGAGUUGGCUUCCCACAACUUUGCCUACAAGAUGGCCCACUCGGUGUGAGAAACACCGAGAAUAACACGGCAUUCCCUGCUGGUAUCACCAUUGGCGCGACGUGGAAUAAGGAGCUUAUGUAUCAGCGAGGUGCCGCAAUUGGCCAGGAGUUCCGCGGCAAGGGUGCCAACAUCCAUCUUGGACCAAGUGUGGGAGCACUUGGUAGGAAGCCUCGUGGCGGACGCAAUUGGGAGGGCUUCGGCUCCGAUCCCGUCUUGCAGGGCAUUGCUGCACGAGAGUCCGUCAGAGGUAUCCAAGACCAAGGUGUCAUCGCAACCAUCAAGCACUGGUUGGUCAACGAGCAGGAAAUGUUCCGAAUGUACAAUCCUUUCCAGCCAGGCUACAGCUCCAACGUCGAUGACAGAACACUACACGAGCUCUACAUGUGGCCGUUUGCCGAGGCCAUCCGGGCUGGCGUUGGUGCGGUCAUGAGUGCUUACAAUGCCGUCAACGGAUCGGCAUCUACCCAGAAUAGCUACUUAAUCAACAAUCUGCUCAAGGAUGAGUUGGGCUUCCAGGGCUUCAUGAUGAGUGAUUGGUUUGCGCAGAACUCAGGUGUUGCCACUGCGCUGUCUGGUCUCGAUAUGUCUAUGCCGGGCGACCCGACAGUUCCCCUAUUCGGAGACGCAUGGUGGGCAUUUCAUCUGACUGAGGCGGUCCUCAACGGCUCCGUACCAGUUGACAGGAUCAACGACAUGGCCACCCGCAUCGUCGCGGCGUGGUAUCAGAUGGGCCAAGAUCAAGACUACCCGGAGCCAAACUUCUCCUCUUGGACGGAUGAUGCGGUAGGGUUGCUACAUCCAGGGGCCCUCAUUUCCCCGCAAGGAGUGGUGAAUGAGUUCGUGGAUGUACAGGGCGAUCAUGCCGCCAUCGCUCGAGCCGUUGCGACGGAAGCCAUCACAUUGCUGAAGAAUGACAACCAAACCCUGCCUUUAUCAUCUUCUGCAACACUUGCAGUCUUCGGGUCCGCGGCAGCUCAAAACCCCGAUGGCCCAAAUAGCUGUGCAGAUAAAGGCUGUAAUAAAGGCACCCUUGGGAUGGGCUGGGGUUCUGGAAGCGCCGACUACCCAUAUCUCGACGACCCCAUCUCUGCGCUUCGACGACGCACUUCCAAUCUGACAGAAUACUUGACAGACACCUUUCCGUCCACUAUCGACGCCGGCGAAGAUUAUGCCUUGGUGUUCAUCACGGCCGAUUCAGGAGAGAAUUACAUCACAGUCGACGGUAACCCGGGUGACCGAACAGUUGCAGGUCUUUACGCAUGGCACAAUGGCGAUGAACUAGUCGAAAAGGCCGCAGAGCAAUACGACACGGUGAUCGUGAUCGUCCAAACCGUCGGGCCAAUCCUGAUGGACUGGAGUGACCUCCCGUCCGUCAAAGCAAUCCUCUUCCAGCACCUACCAGGCCAAGAAGCGGGCGAGUCGUUGACCUCGAUCCUCUACGGCGAGGAAUCACCCUCCGGCCACCUCCCCUACUCAAUCACCCACCAAGAAUCCGACCUACCUGAAUCAGUCGACCUCGUCUACUUCGAACUCGGCCAGCCCCAGGACACCUACGCGGAGCGGCACUACAUCGACUACCGCUACCUCAACGCCCACAACAUCACGCCGCACUACCCCUUUGGCCACGGCCUCUCCUACGCCAACUUCAGCCUCUCGACCGCAACCCUCACAUCUCUCUCGCCACUAACCUCCCUCCCUCCACCUCCUUCCCCCAAGCUCCCCACGCCGACCUACCCCACUACGAUCCCCAACCCCUCCACCUCCCCCACCGAGGCCAUCUACCCGCCCAACUUCUCCCGCAUCUGGCGCUACAUCUACUCCUACCUCUCCGAAUCCGACGCCCUACGAGCCUACGACAUAGGACAAUCCCCCACCACAACCCCCUACCCCUACCCCGCCGGCUACUCAGCCACGCAACGCAACCACUCCGUCCCCGCGGGCGGCGGCCCCGGCGGCAACCCCGCGCUCUUCGAGCCCAUCUUCGCCGUCAACGUCACUGUCACCAACACCGGCGCCGCUGCCAGCACCAACAACUCCACCUCCAAUUCCACCUCCACCUAUACAGGCCACGCCAAAGCCGUCCUCCAAGCCUACAUCCAAUUCCCCGCCAGCACCCAAUCCUCUUUCGACACCCCUCCCGUCCAACUACGUGGUUUCGCCAAGACGCGUGCCCUCGCGCCCGGAGAAAGCCAGGAGGUGGAACUGACUCUGACGCGCAAGGACGUCAGCGUGUGGGAUGUGGCGCGGCAGAAUUGGGUCGUGCCGGAUCCGGCGGGGGAGUAUCUGGUGUGGCUGGGCUGGAGUUCGGGUCAAUUGGGGGUUGCGUGUAGUUCUGUGACGGGGGUUUGUGCGGAGAGGGAGAGGGGGCCUGUGGGCCUGGGCUUGAGCUUGAGAUGA